GAUACGUUUCCAUCUCCCAAACCCCUGAAUGCUGAUGUGUUUCAAGAAAUUGCACCGCAGGGAGACAUCAGAGUUUGAUUUUUAAUGUUGUAACGUAAUAACAAGGAAAAGCGGAGGCAGGUCCGAGGUCCAUGACAAAGAAGACGCCUUGGAAGAGAUCACCCGAACCGGUACACAGAACGAAUGGCGCCCAAAGGUAAAGUUGGCACAAAGGGAAAGAAGCAGAUCUAUGAAGAGAACGAGGCGACGCUUAAGUUCUACACAAGAGUCAUCCUUGGAGCAAAUGUGAUAUAUGCUGCUGUAAAUUUCUUGGUUUUCUACAGUUCAUCUACAUUUUGGACAUGGUUUCUGCUGGUGUUUGCACUCGCUGUGUAUGUGGGAAGUUACCGCUCCAUGUCGGCCAUGGCCAAGCCAGUGUUUGCUGAGGAUGGAAGCCUCCUGGAUGGAGGAAUAGACCUAAACAUGGAGCAAGGAAUGGCAGAGCACCUGAAAGAUGUCAUCCUGCUCACCGCCAUAGUACAAGUGCUCAGCACAAUCUCCUCUUAUUUUUGGUAUCUUUGGUUGUUGGCCCCAGCCCGUGCCUUGCACCUGCUGUGGGUAAACUUUCUGGGCCCCUGGUUCAUGGCAGAAAACUCGUCAGCACCAGAGGAGGUGAAUGAGAAAAAGCAGCGAAGACAGGAGCGCAGACAGACGAAGAGAUUCUGAGGCUGCAGAGCAGACGGAGCAGUAUUUUUCUACACAGAAUCUAAUAUACAGAAGUGAGGAACUCAUAAGUUAUUCAGGAAGAAAUUUUGUUAUUAAGUUAAAGUCAAUUGAAAUCAGAUACUGUGGAAUCUUGUUUUCCAUGUUUGUUUUCUUUCUGCUUUUCCUGUAAUCCAAUUUUCUCCCAAUAUUAUGCAAUGAAAUGUUCUCUGUUUAGAUGUCAUCAUCCAAAUGUCAUUUGUCUUCAUGAAGGCAUGUGAGAGUUUUGCUUUUGUAAAUUGCCAUUAUCCAGCCACCCCCCCCAGACAUGCACGUCAACAUGCAAAAAAUCUAAAUGAGUCCAAACUGUGCAAAUUUUUUAAAUACUUGUAGGUACACAAUCAUUAAGUAAACUCAAUAUAUCUCAUUUUUGAACAAAUACAUUUUUAUUAAAUCUUUAAUGAUAAAUGUUUAACUGAAGAAAAGUGAUUUGUGUCUCUCGGGUAUGUACAGUAUAAUUGUGCAUCUUUAUUAGGAAACUAUUAGCAUGCAGAAUUGUAGGAAAGCAACCAAUUUACUGAUUAUUUUUUAAUUCAUGAAUUUAGACAAAUGAUCUAUUCUCUGCGUUUAAAAAAAAAAAAAAGUCUGAUCAGUAAAGCCACCCUUCUCAACAGGCAUGAGCUGCUACAAUCCAUUAAGUGUGUCGCUUGCAUGAUGUGGUCAUAAUCUGCUUUGGUUGAGGCAGAAGGAAUUGCUUCCUAAAUGCUGUUUAAAGAAAUGUAUUGUCCUCCCUUAUCUAAAAUCACGUGUUAGAUGAGAAGAUCUAAAUAAGAUUUAGGUUGGGUUAGGAGGAGGAGACCAGGUCAUGAUUCACUCAUGCUUGAGACUUUUAAAUGUGCUAAAUAGUGGAGUAGCUGAAUGUGGAGUACAGUCAAACAAUGGAAGUCUUUUCCUAAGCUCAGACAACAGCUCUUUAUUGAGAAUCCAAUCACACUGAUACUCAGCUGUGAUGCAGGUCUGCAGUACAUUAACGAGAUCAAGCGUUGCUUUUGUUGUGGCUGUACUGAAAUGUGUGACUCAAUUAUCUCCUGAUUUAACAAAAAUGAUACUCUGGUGUUUCUAAUGCUAGAGGGGAACUCCUUUCUUUACUAUUUGGAGAACAGCCCUUAUGGCUGCUGUUCUGAUACUUUCAGGUCAUUUCACACUCUCAGGAAUGUUCUUAAGUAAAACAGGCAAUUCAGCCAUACCCAUGAGCUCUGCAGACUUCUUCCUGAGCCACUUCUUGGACCAACCUACACCCUGCUGGGACCUGACUCAAAGUUGUAACUGUUUCCAUUAAUGGAGUGCUAAACUCUGUGUGUUUGAGGCUCUAGUGGGGUGAACAUGUUAUCUGGAUUUGCAAGCAACUCUUUGUGGAAAACCAUGUUCCUGAUGAUUUGUUUUUGCCAUGCAUCUUUGUAAUGUGCACAGAAUGCCUUUGAGAAAGCUAUAGAACGGGGUGUCCAAGUCCGGUCCUCAAGAUCUGCCAUCCUGCAACUUUUAGAUGCAACCCUUCUCCAACACACUUGAAUCAAAUGACUGGCUUGUUACCAGACCUCUGCAAAGCUGAAUGACAUGCAGAUGACAUCUGAUUCAAGUAUGUUGGAGAAGGGUUGCAUCUAAAAGUUGCAGGAUGGUAGAUCUCGAGGACUGAACUUGGGCACCCCUGCUAUAGAAGGUACAUGUAUGUUUACCUGACGACCCUGUGUGUGUGUAUAAUCUUCCUCUUAGCAGUCCAUUCAUACAUCCAUGUUAGUCAUGCUUUUUAACAUUUGAUAAUUUUGCCAUCAAAUUAAUUUCGUACCAGUCAGGACAUUUUAUUGAGUGAAUCUAGUUCUGUUGUGGUCAUGGAAAGGUCCUAGAAGGUCCUACUGUUUAAAUGCACAUAAAUGGUUCAUUCUAAGAAAUUAAAACAUAACAUUUAGUAAAUACUAAUUGCUACACAAUUAUUAAAACAAAUAUUUUUCUCAUUGAUCUUAUUUAUUCAUUUUUUUGAUUAACACUGGUUUUAACUUUCUAUGUUUUUAAAGUGUACUCCAUCUAUAUAAAGUCCUCUGGAUUUUUUUUUAUUUGAAUCCUAAAGCAGUCUGUUUAGAUGCAGCCCAAAAUAACUCUCAGAAUGUAAUAUUAAAAAAAAUCUUCGUAUUAGAUAUUUUGAUUUAGCAGAAAAUUCCAACUUGCCUUGAAGAUACAAGGACAACCUGGACAGCCGGCAGGUUGUUUACUCAAAGAUUUAAAUACAAACAAUGUCAGGGAUAUUAAUGAAGUGGGGCGUUACAUUAAAUAUGCUGGCUGCAACACUUCAAAACACCUGUAAGUCAUUUUUCAGUGACUCUCAAAACAACCCACAUAUUUAAGGUUAAAUGUUAAAGCUGACAGAUAAAUACAUAGAUGACAACUUAAUCCCCAAAUACUGAAGAUAUGUUAAACCUCUCGGUGCAGCUUCCGUUUCCAUCCAGUAAGUUGAGCCCUGUCCUCGAGCAAAACACUGUUUCAGGUCUACUUAGUGACUUUGUAUAUCCAGUGUCGACAAAGUGAAUUUUGUGAGUUAUACUGAAGUUCUAAAGAGAGUGAGUGGGCUGGAAAAGCCCUGGUCUCUUCCAAAUAUAAUUAGAGAUUUGUCAUUAUUGUUACAUCCACGCUUACCCAACUCAACAAGCUGCAACUUGCAGUCUUCAGAGUUAAAGGAGAAUCCCUGUAAUGGUGUAAAUGUGUUUCAAAGACACAAAACAGCAAGGCAAUUACAAAGUUUUCCUUAACCCAGUGCAUACAGGGUUUUAAGCAUCUCUUUUUACCCCAGUUUUAUAGUUUUACAUCAAUGUCCUCCAGGUUUUUUCAAAGUGACUACUUCUUUGGCUGUGUCUUGCCCUCCUUCAUCCCAGCCCUGUGGUCUGAUACUGUCUCUAUUAUAGGGUUAUAAACAAAGUAACCAAAAUUAGAGCAGCACAGCAUCCAGUUGUCAGGACCAAUCCCAGAUGUGGGCUUUGAGAGGGACCAUGUUGCAGUGUAAUUUAGUCCUGGGGCCUCUCACUUGCACGUAACACCCCCCUCCUCCAAACACACACACACACAAAUGCAUAGAUGUACUUGUGUUGUGCUCUCUAUAAUAGGAUGUGCUGGAAUUUGGAUUUAUGUGUUGUUAUGAGCAUUUAUUUUAACUGCAUUGAGAAAUACUUCUUAACAUAUUGUGCUUCACAUGAGAAUCUCAUAACCCGCUUAUUCAAGAUGGAGAAAACAGAAAGGAGUGGGAGGGCAAUAUCCUCGUUUACCAUGGCAGUAAAGCAGGGUUCAUGCCGAUGACAUGCAAUAAGGGAGUUGGACCUAAAUUCUAUUUUCCAUACUUAGUGUGUAACUUUGUACAGUGUAUUCUUAAAAAAAAAAAAAACAGUUUAAACCCUUACAGAAGCAAGAGUAGAAUCCAAUCCACUUUAUUUAUAAUGCACAUUUAAAAAACAUGUCUCCAAAGUGUUGCACAUCAAAAAAUCAGCAAUAUCAAUGAAUAAAAUUAAAAACAAUCACAAAGUGUAGCUCCUAUUUAAACAACAAAACAAGUGAAAAGAUCAAAUAAAUGAAGUGGAAAAAUAUGCUUAUAUGUUAGAAAGUGUCAUGUGACCUAAGAUAAAAAGCAAAGAGUCAGGAUGGCUGAAAUGACGCUCUUUGUCUUUUUGGAUCCACCAGAGCACGAUCUUCACAUUUUAGAUCCCUUUAGACUUACAGAGUCAGACAAAACAGGAAAUUGGAGGGCAUUUGGGCAACAGCCGAGCCUUUGACCCUUGAACUGUAGCACUCCCUUUCUUUGAAGUCAAGAGAGAGAAUCACAAGCAAUUACAUGCAAUGCAGAGUGUGUUCCCUUGAACAUUUAGCCUCCACUGUGUAAACAGUCAGAGCGUCUUUGAGUGUGUUUGGCAGAACUGUGGGUGUAGUCAUCUUCAAGUCCAUCAUCUGGGCUCUGUUUCAACCUUGUUUUGACUAAACUGACCCACACAUUGCACACUGUUUGGGUUGUAGUGAAGGAGCAUUAGUGCAUGAUACUAAUUCUCCAUUUGAAUUUCUCGCUUUAAAAUCAAGCUUGAAGCAAAGAGCAGCUGCCGAUGAUCUGCUUUCUCCCCAUCUCUAAUAACAAAUAAGCAUCACUAUUUCCAGCAUCAUCUUCGAGUUUAAAGAUGACACCAGCCCGGCAGCGUUCACAGCUCCCGUCAUGGCCUUAAAAGGAAGCUGUCAAGAAUUCCUGCUGCAUUCGACUCCUCUGGGUGCAGGAGUGUGAGUGUGUGUCUACUUGUAUAACCCAUGUUUUGAGGACAUGCAUCUGUUUACACAGUUGCAUUGUGGUGACCGGCCUCCAUUUGGAGUGAAGCAAAGAAAACGUCUUGAUUUAAUCUGAAGGUGACAGCUUGGUCUUUGGAUAAACUGAUGCAAGUAAUGGUCAGAGCUAAGGUUAAAUCUCCAGAAAAUUGAUCUCUAAAGUGACUGAAACACAUAUCUGGGUAUUUGCAUCUGAAAGCAUCUUUAGCCUUUGUGGCUUGGUGGCAAAUGCUCCACCCUCCUUGUAGAUUGUCACCUCUGUAAAAUGUCUUGCUCCAUCUGCUGCCAGCCUGUCAUCUGCUCCUGUUUGUCACCACCUGCAAUCUGAUGACGGAUCAAUGAAACCAAAUUAUGCAAAGUCUUGAAUUUUAUUGUUCCACCAGUAAAAGCUGAUUCAUUUAACACAACAUGAUAUCCCUCAACAUUUGGUAAUGCCCUUUGCUUUUUUAGUGGGUCUGGGACAGAUUGUGAAAUAUUGGACAGCAAUAUAUUAAAUGACAACUGUAGUGUCUGCGUAUAAACACCUCGUUGAAAACGAUCCAUCCUGUUAAGUUCCCCUGGUUAAAAUUUCUGCUACCGUGAAUAGUAAUGUGAGUAAAAGAUGAGCUGAUCUUGAGUAGCUAUAAAGUUGAA